AAGCCUCGUUGUCCGCAAACCCCGGGGCCGGUGACGGGAGAAGGCUGGCUGGCCGAGCGGGCGCAGGGCGGAAGUCCCCGGCGGCGUGGCGGCCGCCGUGCGCAUCGCCGCGGGACCGAGGCGCGGCGUGAAGGGGAAGCAAUGCAGAAAUCAGAGAGCCACGGAGGCGUUCAGCUGAGGAACAGAGGGGCAGGUAACUGUGAUCCACGGACAUCCCCCAGCAUACAAAUAAAACAUAGGACUCCGGCUCAACAAAGCAAAUCCUCAUCCUCAACCGGUUCACCAGAAUCCGCAAGAAAACUUCAUCCUCGACCAAGUGAUAAACUUAACCCUAAGACAAUUAACCCGUUUGGUGAACAGUCCCGAGCCCCUUCUGCAUUUGCAGCUAUUUACUCUAAAGGAGGUAUUCCUUGCAGAUUGAUCCAUGGUUCGGUAAAACACACAUUGCAGUGGGAAUGUCCUCCUGAAAAUCUUCCAUUUGAUCCUCUCCUUAUUACUUUAGCUGAGGGUUUGAGGGAGACGAAGCAUCCGUACACCUUUGUGUCAAAGGAGGGCUUUAGACAAUUGCUUUUGGUCCCAGGAGCUCCAGAGAAAGCUGUGCCUUUGCUUCCGAGACUGGUUCCGGUGCUCAAGGCGGCUCUGGCCCACCUGGAUGAUGACGUGUUUGCCAGAGGACUGAGUGCUCUCGUGCAGCUAAGUGUCGUCGUUGGCCCCUCCCUAAAUGCCCAUCUGAAACAUCUGCUUACAAGUCUUUCCAAGAGACUAAGGGAUAAGAAAUUCAAGGAGCCAAUCACCAGUGCAUUACAGAAGCUAGAGCAGCAUGGUGGAAGUGGAAGCCUGAUCAUCAUCAAAUCCAAGAUCCCAACAUAUUGCUCCAUAUGCUGUUGAAGAAACCUCACACCAUGGGGACACGUGUGGGACGCCGACCGUGGGUACCUGUGGCACUUUUUUGGAUUCACUUCGGUGUAUUCUUUUGUAAAUCACAGCCACCAUUCGAGAUUUACUAGCUUCAGAUGAGUAUACGUAGUUCCACUGGAUCAUAGUAAAAGUUACUUAUCAACAAAAAAGGAUGGUCAAUGAUGGAAAGUUAUUAAAAACAGUUCUACAAUAGUA